GGCGAUGGCUGCGCCCCUUCGCGAGUUCUGCUGCGGCUGCAGCCUCACAUUUGGGGUACAGUACGCACACACAACACACAGCAAAGAUUGCAUGGCAUCUGCGAUGGUCGGUCGAUUUGUGUGUGAGCUGUGCUGUGCAGGUGCUGCUCAUCGCAACGCUCCACCUGGUACGUACGUACCAUGGACAGAGGAAUCGCCCUCCCACACAGAACCGCACCGGAUGGACGAGCAUUCAGCCCCUUUGUUCCUUCUUGUCCAUCCAUGAAUCCAUCCAUCCCUCUGCAGAUCCAGACGGUGAUAUUUGUUGCAUUGACGACGGCCACGCUGGUGUUGCGGGCGGAGGCGGGACCCACCCUAUCAGACCAAGAAAUUGCGCAACAAACAUUGAGUACGGUACCCACCAGCCAGCAAACGUACUGUACACACAAACUUGUAUACUUUCGCCCUGUCUGUCCUGGACGUCAGCGGCCAUAUUCGGCUUGGUGGCGCUUCCCUUCAUCAUUACGGGUGGGUAUACAUGCAGCCAAGCCCCGGUGGUCAACCAUCAUCCUCUUUCUGCAUGUAUGGCUGCUGGAGCUGCAGGGAUUUGGGGCGCUCUGCGGCGAGUGGAGACCAGCGUGCGGCUCUACUUUGUGUUCCUCGCCAUCAGCUUCGUCGUCGACGUCAUAUUCAUCAUUGUUGUCGGCGUGAAGACGGGGUUUUGCUCUAAGGCUUUCAUCCCCGGCGCGCUGACGUAUGUAUGCCGAUCAUGGAAGCGAUGGAUGGAUGGAUGGAUGUGUGUGUGCAGAGAGCAAGGUGGCGAGGCCUUUGCCUGUGGGGCCACGCGUAUGUUUGUGAUAGUGUCGAUGGUUUCGCUCACCUUGAUCGAGGCGUACUGCCUCGCCACAGGUACGGAAGACAGACACCCACUGCUGGUGCACCACACACAUGUGGCGUGGUGCGUCUGGAUGUGUUGUUCCUCGUCGAUGACUGCAGUGUGGUCAUUAGCUGAAGACAUCAAAAUGGGAGGGAGCGGUCAGCCAGCACACGACGAUAAUGAUUACAUAAUCCACGCACAGAUGGACGGUUGGUCCACGUGUCUGUCUGUCCUUCAUGCGUCACACAUUUCACAUCACACACGAGUGCAGGCACAGGUUUCCCCCAGCUUAGGAAAAACGCCGCCAUGAAGGCACAAAGCGCAGCGACAUUCCGUAAGCUACUCUGCAGACCAAAAACAGACCGAGAAAAGCGGUCGAUUGUUUGUCUUAUCCCUCUGCCCCUCCCUUGGUUUGGUCAGGUGGCGACCUGACCUAUUUUCCUUCGUUCGAGGCAUACGGCUCACUGGCCGCACCCACACUCGGGUAGGUACCAACCAAAGAAAGGCGUGACAGCCGCAGCCCCUCCUUCACCCAUACACACACCUACUGAUUGCAUGUUGCCUCCCUGCCUUGUCUCUAUCAUAAUAUCAGAGGGAGCAGACGGUUUUUCGGCGGGACCAAGCACGUCAUUGACUUCCCCCCGCCGCCCGAGUGACAAGAUAGCCGAGCCAUGGGCCCGCACAUGUAAAUACAGACAGACGCACAUCACAUGCAUGUCCCGUUGCUGCACAAGGAGGGGGCCGGCCGCGAGCGGCGGCUCUCCUUCCUCCCCUUUUCGCGGCAAUGCAAUGGGCUGACGAUCGUAUCAUCUACUGGCUAGCUAUGUCUUGGAUGGACAGAUUGGCAACGGCCAUCCUUGUGAGCACUGGUGCAUUGUAAGACCUCGGUGUGUGAGAGUGCCUACACGCAUCCAUGUCGCUGGAACGAAGCAUAUGUCGG